GCUGAUUAGUUUCUUUUAUUCGAGAGCUACAUUUUAUUGACAAUAAACGUUGUAUAUAAAAAAGAAGAACAACGAACAAUUAGAAUAUUAAAAAAGCCAACUAUGGAUGCUGUAGUGGUUCCUUCAGAACCCUCCUCUAGUAUAACGCAAACAGAAAUUUUGAUUAGAGAGGACACGGAUGCACCGGCGCCACCCGUUUUACGAUUACGGCUAAAUAAGCCAAAACCUAGCAAAAAGGUUGGUUGGCAGGAAGGCACUGUUGAUAACGAGCAUAUGGGUAAAAAGAAAUCAAAAUGUUGUUGCAUAUAUAAGAAACCAGUUGCAUUCGGCGAAAGUUCAUCUGAAGAUGACGAAGAUUGUGAAAAUUGCUUUGGCCAUCCAGAGAAGAGACGAAGAAAUCGUAAACACGAUGGCAAUGGCGACGAGCAGGAUAACAACGAACCAUGUCAGGAACAUAAUCAUCAUGGCGCCAGUGAAGAGUAAUCAUUUUUAAGAAUUUUGUCGAGUAUUAAUUUAAAUUCAUAAAAUCCAUUGUUUCAUCGAAAUCAAAGGAAAAUGAAAUACCGUUUACCUUACAUUUUUAAGACAAAUUCACCAUGUAGUAUACUUCCCUUUUAGUAUCAAUUUGAAUUGUAAAAAAUAGUCUUAAUUAAAAAUUAAAUUUAUGUUUUAUUGAAAAUAUAUGCAUACAUAUAAUAAAAAAUAAAGAAUAUGAGUUGAAAUAAAUGAAUAAUAAAA